AUGGCGCCAAUUGUUGUGAGUGUGUUAACUCUCUCAGCCAUCUCUGUCACUGAGUCGCUGAGUCUGUCCAGCAAGGGAGCAGCGGAUGAUGGUUGGCCAGAAUUUUUCGAUGACAAUCGUGACUUGUGCGAUUUGAAACGCGUUCAUGGGCCGUCAUGGUUCGCGGAAGCUGGAUGCAGUGGGGAGUCAUGCGCAGGCAAAAUGCCAAGCACACCGAUGAUCUUAACUGGGCUUCUCGACGGCUGGCUUGCGAUGAACAUGACAUGGGACUUCCAGAGUAUGGCCGAGAGGUUUGGAAAUAUUUCCAUUGAGUAUUUCGAUGAAUGGCAGCAAGCUGGGGGGAACUUAAAGAAUGCGCAGCCGCCAGAAAAAUAUAUUACAUCAGAGGGCUCGUUUGUCGUCAAAGACUUAAUGGAAAAGUUCAAGAACGGAGCCAAGGGUCAGCAUGAAGAUUUCUGGUGCGGUGAAGUAGAUGAAAAUGGCAAAGACCGUCGCGGCAUGGACCCCAACAACAGACCAAGCACCGAUUGCAGGUUCAGUUUGUGCUGUCAAAUGCGAUUAGCAGGUUUGAUCAACACACCACAGCAGCUAGAGGGCGACACGUUCUGGACUGGUCCGUCUUUCUCGAUGAGCCCACAGGGUGGUGGGUUUGCUAUGCACACGCACGCGGCCGCAUGGCUUGGUCUCAUCUCUGGGGAGAAGGCGUGGUUCGUAGAGGGUCCCGAGCAGGUCGGCCCCCACCAGCCUUGGUACAACACCGUGCUUCCCUUGGUGCUCCCCACGCGCGCCUGGGCUAAAGAAGUGGUUCGGCUUCCCAAAGGCCAACGGCCGCAAUUCUGUAUCCAGCGGCCUGGGGAAGUUUUUUACCUUCCAGACGCGUGGUGGCACGCCACGAUCAACCAUGGAGAUUUCGCUCUGGGCUACGGCACGAAGCCUGCGUGGUUCAAUGCAGACAGUCGCAACUUUCACGGGAAAUACAUGGCGGAAUCUCCAGGUGAUGUGAUCGCCCAAAAGUCACGCAACAGCCAGCCAACUAAUUUGCCCGAAAUCUUGGUGGCAGGCAACCUGACCAAACUGACGAAUUUCGAGAACCUCAUUUUGGAGCGAGCAUCUGCUGAUGUAGAACGGGAUCGCAAAACUGCUCUAUUGGUUGGCGCCCGUCCUGUUGCAGGACCCAAUGUUGGCACAGCUGCCGCAAGCUUGUGCAUCAUGGCAGAAAACAUUCUUCACAGACGUGAUCCGCAGCCCAACCAGCUGCAGGAGUUCGCAUCGCAUGUCUUGCAGGAGGCGCAGAGCUUGGAUGCCGAUAACGAAGUUUGCCGACUGAUGCGGGACGCCCCGUAA